GUGCGGUAACCUAAACAGUUGUAGUUGUUGUCGUCGUCGUCCAAGUGUGACUGAUGGCACUGAGGACACCACAGAAACUCAAACUCCGUCCUCUUCCUCUUUUCUCUGUCUUCAGCAAACUCCCUCUUUCCACAACGCCCCAUAACAAUAAUAAUAAUCACUCCGAUGCUUCGGUUGCCGACAUCCUCGUCUCGGUCUUCACCGAACAACCCAACGCCGACACCCCGGAACUGAACUGCUUCGCCCCCAUUCUCACCCCUCCCCUUGUCGAGUCCGUCCUCACGCGCCUCCGCACGUGGAAACUCGCCCACUCCUUCUUCCACUGGGCAUCCAACCAAGGCUUCCGCCACACCUGCUACACCUACAACUCCAUCGCCUCCAUCCUCUCACGCUCCCACCAGACCUCUCCUCUCAAAACCCUCCUCAAACAAAUCUCAGACUCCGCCCCUUGUUCCUUCACCCCCGGCGCAUUGGGCUUCCUCAUUCGCUGUUUGGGCCACGCGGGCCUCGCGCGAGAGGCCCACCACCUGUUCGAUGAAAUGCGACUGAAGGGUCUCUGCGUUCCCAAUGAUUACUGCUACAACUGCUUGUUGGAGGCUUUGUCCAAGUCCGGCGAGGUUGAUUUGAUAGAGGCCAGGUUGGAGGAGAUGAAGGGGUUUGGUUGGGAGUUUGAUAAGUUCACGCUCACCCCUUUGUUGCAGGCUUAUUGCAAUGCUCGCAGGUUUGAUGAGGCUCUGAGGGUUUAUAAUGUGAUGAGGGAAAAGGGUUGGGUUGAUGGACAUGUUUGCUCUAUGUUGGCGUUGUCGUUUUCCAAGUGGGGUGAUGUGGAUAAGGCCUUUGAGUUGGUGGAGAGGAUGGAGGGACAUGGGAUGAGGCUAAAUGAGAAGACUUUUUGUGUUUUGAUUCAUGGGUUUGUCAAGGAGGGUCGGGUUGAUAGGGCCCUUCAGUUGUUUGAUAUAAUGUGUCGGGUUGGUUUUACUCCUCCUGUUUCCUUGUUUGAUGUUCUCAUUGGCGGAUUGUGCAGGAAUGGUGACAGUCAUAGAGCUCUGAGUUUGCUUUCGGAGAUGAAGGAGUUUGGGGUUACGCCGGAUGUUGGAAUCUUUACUAAGUUGAUAUCGGCUUUUCCGGACAGAGGUGUGAUUGCCAAGUUGUUGGAAGAGGUUCCGGGAGGGGAAGAGGAGCGAACUCUUGUUUUGAUUUACAAUGCUGUCUUGACUUGUUAUGUUAAUGAUGGGUUGAUGGAUGAAGCCUGUCGCUUUCUUCGGAUGAUGAUUCAGAGCAAAGCCAGUGGUGAUGUCCAGAUGGAUGGUUUCUUCAACAAGGUCAAGAAAUUGGUUUUUCCAAAUGGUGCUUCAUUUAGCAUUGUGAUUAAUGGCUUGCUAAAAAAUGAUCAGUUGGACCUUGCCCUGAGUCUCUUCAAUGAUAUGAAACAAUUUGUUGAUAGACCAAGCGUUUUGAUUUACAACAAUCUGAUUAAUAGUCUAUGUGAUUCUAAUAGAUUGGAGGAAAGCCGUGAGCUCUUGAGAGAAAUGAAAGAAUCAGGAGUUGAACCAACUCAUUUCACUUACAACUCGAUAUACGGAUGCCUGUGUAAAAGAAAGGAUGUUUUAGGGGCAAUUGAUAUGUUGAAGGGGAUGCGUGCUUGCGGGCAUGAACCAUGGAUAAAAAAUUCCACUCUUCUUGUGAAAGAACUAUGCGAUCAUGGAAUGGCCAUAGAAGCAUGUAAUUUUCUCGACAGCAUGGUUCAACAAGGUUUCCUUCCUGAUAUAGUUUCCUAUUCUGCAGCAAUAGGGGGCUUGAUCCAGAUUCAAGAACUGAAUCGAGCUUUGCAAUUGUUCAGUGAUUUGUAUUCUCGAGGCCAUUGUCCUGAUGUGGUUGCUUCUAACAUAUUGAUGAGAGGGCUCUGCAAGGCCUACAGAGUCAGAGAAGCUGAAAAAUUGCUGGACGAGAUUGUUGUGAAGGGUUUCUUUCCCUCAGUUGUGACUUACAAUCUGCUUAUAGAUAGUUGGUGCAAGAAUGGUUCUGUUGAUAAGGCUAUGGCACUUCUUUCCAGAAUGUCUGGAGAAGACAGGGAGCCCAAUGUUAUUACUUACUCGACUUUGGUGGAUGGGUUCUGCAGAGCAGAAAGGCCUGAUGAUGCACUCUUGGUUUGGAAUGAGAUGGAAAGAAAAGGUUGUUUUCCAAAUCAGAUUGCUUUUAUGGCACUUAUUUAUGGUCUUUGCAAAUGCUGUAGGCCUACUACAGCACUCCAUUAUUUGCGUGAGAUGGAACAGAAAGAUAUGAAACCGGACUCGUUCAUUUAUAUUGCAUUGAUAAGUUCUUUUCUAUCUGAUAUGGAUUUGGCCUCCGCAUUUGAGAUUUUUAAGGAGAUGGUUUAUUCAGGAUAUUUCCCAGAAUCCCAUGAUAAAAAUUACUCCAUUGUAAUGGAUGCAAUUGACAAAUUUUCCAAGGAUCACAGAACAUCCUCUGGUAUACAAGUUUUGAUGGAAGAGGGAAAACUUCCUACACAUUGUCCGUGAACAGUUGGAAGUGAUAGGUUAAUCAAAUGAUGUGCGAAGGCUAAAUGAGGUAGGGAGUUCAGUUCCUCUCUAGUAGGAGAAAGAAAGACUCAAAAUGUUUUGUGAACCCCAUCGUGUAACUUUCAGUAUUGGUGAGGAUUUUUUUGCAUAUCAAAUUGAUGGAAUUGGCAAAGAAACAAAUGAACAGAAAGAACAUGUUACCGAUAGUUUGCCUACAAAGAGAACUUGAGCUCUGGAAUUUUUCAAGAUACAUGCUACUUGUCAAGUUGGUUAUUCUUUAUGUGGAUCUAGAGAGAAUACAAGAGGAAAAGAAAUGAAGACAAGAAAAAAUAAGGUUAAA